UCCCAAAUACUAAAGAGGGAAGGAGGAACAGAGGAAGAAAAAAAAUAAAGUAAAAAACGGAAAAAUGCUCAGAGCUCUCACUCUCAGACGCUCACUCCAGUCCCUCCACCACAACCACCUCAAGCCGCUCAUUUCCACCGCCAUCCCCAAAAACCCACUGAACCCAUUAAGCCCAGCACGCGCAUGUUCCAGUCUUUCAUCGCCAUCAGCAUCUUCAUCAGCCUCUGAGCUCCGCAAGUACUUGGGCUACACAGCCCUCGUCUUGUUCUCCGCUGCAGCCACCUACUACUCCUUCCCUUUCCCUGAAAACGCCAAGCACAAAAAAGCCCAGAUUUUCCGCUAUGCUCCUCUGCCCGAGGAGCUCCACACAGUCUCCAACUGGAGCGGGACCCACGAGGUCCAGACCCGGGUUUUCCACCAGCCUGAGACCCUUGAGGAGCUGGAAAAGGUUGUCAAGGAUGCCCAUGAGAAGAAAACCCGGAUUCGGCCUGUCGGGUCCGGGUUGUCCCCGAAUGGGAUUGGAUUGUCCAGGGCUGGAAUGGUCAAUUUGGCGCUGAUGGAUAAGGUUUUGGAGGUGGAUAAGGAGAAGAAGAGGGUGAGAGUGCAAGCUGGGAUAAGGGUGCAGGAAUUGGUGGAUGGGAUCAAGGAACAUGGCCUUACUCUGCAGAACUUUGCCUCCAUUAGGGAGCAGCAGAUUGGUGGCAUUUUGCAGGUUGGUGCACAUGGUACUGGUGCAAAAUUGCCUCCGAUGGAUGAACAGGUGAUCAGUAUGAAGCUGGUCACUCCUGCUAAGGGAACAAUAGAAAUCUCUAAAGAGAAAGAUCCAGAGCUGUUUUAUUUAGCCCGGUGUGGCCUUGGUGGCCUUGGAGUGGUUGCUGAAGUCACCAUCCAGUGCGUUGAGAGACAGGAGCUUGUAGAGCACACCUCUGUUUCAAACAUGGAAGAGAUCAAGAAAAAUCAUAAGAAAUUACUAUCUGAGAAUAAACAUGUGAAGUACCUUUAUAUUCCAUAUAGCGACACUGUUGUGGUUGUGACGUGUAACCCUGUAUCAAAAUGGAAAGGUCCCCCAAAGUUCAAACCCAAAUAUGGCAGUGAUGAAGCCAUACAGCACGUUCGAGAUCUCUACAAGGAAUGCCUCCAGAAGUGCAGUGUAGUUCCAGUUAAGAAUGACGUGGACAUAAAUGAGCUCUCAUUUACAGAGUUGAGAGAUAAACUGCUUGCCCUAGAUCCUCUCGACAAAGAUCAUGUUGUAAAAGUUAAUCAAGCUGAGGCUGAAUUCUGGAGGAAGUCAGAGGGAUACAGAGUGGGAUGGAGUGAUGAAAUUCUGGGCUUUGAUUGUGGUGGUCAACAGUGGGUUUCAGAAACUUGUUUUCCAGUUGGAACCCUUUCCAAACCAAGCUUGAAAGACCUUGAAUACAUAGAAGAUGUAAAGCAGCUCAUAGAGAAGAACGAGGUACCAGCACCUGCUCCAAUAGAGCAGCGCUGGACAGCAUGCACUAAAAGCCCCAUGAGUCCAGCUUCAAGUACAAAAGACGAUGAUAUAUUUUCGUGGGUUGGUAUAAUCAUGUACCUUCCUACAACGGAUGCCCGCCAAAGAAAGGAAAUUACAGAAGAGUUUUUCCACUACAGGCGUCUGACCCAAGUACAGUUGUGGGAUAAGUAUUCCGCUUAUGAACACUGGGCAAAGAUUGAGGUUCCGAAGGACAAAGAAGAGCUUGCCUCGCUCCAGGCCAGGCUAAGAAAGCGUUUUCCAGUUGAUGCAUACAAUAAAGCACGAAAGGAGUUGGACCCGAGCAGGAUCCUUUCAAAUAACAAGCUGGAAAAGCUGUUCCCAUUAUCGGACACCAUUUGAGAAGCAUCCUUCAGUGGUUAGUUAUUGAUUAAUAUGGCUUUUCACUAAAUUUGAAUGCAUUUUGGCUUCAAUAAAAAAAAAAAAAAAAUCUGCCAAAUCUGCCUCGAGCAUCUUUAGACCUAAGAAUAUAACUGUAAAUUUAAGAGGAAUCAUGAGAUACGAUGUGAUGUAUUAUUACAUUUAUUGAUAAUGGUA